AUGGCAGCCAUGAAGUCAUUUCCCGAUGAUGAUGAAAUCCAGCGUCAAGGCUGCAGAGCAAUUGGCAAUGCAUUUUUCCAUACUAUUAAUAACCCAACCAUUGACAAAGCCAUGGAUCGCUUUGUUCAUAAAUUGAAUGGAAUUGAACUGGUUGUGACGGUUAUGAAGAAAUUUCAAAACAAUGCUUUAGUGCAACAUGGUGGUUGUUGGGUCUUGAAGCAGCUGUCGAGGAAACAAGUCCUACGCGAUGCUUUGAAGAAACGGGGUGCCCUAAGUGCUGUUGGUGAGGCCGCUGAGAAACAUGAUGGCGACAAGGUCAAGUUAUACGCCACUGUUUUUUUCAAUAACAUGUUUGGAAACAAAUAA